AUGUCCGUUUUAGUCACAUCUUCCGACAAGCAGUUCGUCAUCCGUCGCGGAACCAAAGCAGACUGCCCCGUCAUCCUCGACUUUAUCAACCAGCUCGCCGAGUACGAGAAAGAACCAGAUGCUGUCAAAGCCACCGUCUCCACUCUCGAACAAAACGUCUUCGACAAGAACUACGCAGAGGUCAUUAUCGCAGAACAACACGACAGCUCCUCCGUGACCCCCGUAGGAAUGGCACUCUACUUUUACUCAUUCUCAACAUGGACCUCGAAACCUUCGCUCUACCUCGAAGAUCUGUUCGUCAUCCCAACACUCCGCAACAAGGGUGUUGGGAAACUCCUGUUCAAAGCCCUUGGUCAAGUAGCGGAACAGAAAGAUUGUGCUAGGAUGGACUGGUCGGUCUUGACUUGGAACGCCCCUUCCAUCGCAUUCUACACAAAAGUGCUAGGUGCCAAACCAAUGGAUGAGUGGAAAGGGAUGCGCCUUGAACAAAAGGGUAUUCAGGAUCUUGCUAAACUCAUCUGA